UGAUGUCCGAAACCCGGAGUCAUAGGACAGUUAAUAUGCUGUCAAUAUUUGCCCUAUUUAUGAAAGAGAACACAAUGGUGGAAAGGAAAUGACAAUUCUUUCCCUUACAGUGAAAUCACAUCUGGGAUUUCCUCACUAAUACCUAUAAAAUUCUUCCGGGGAUAAGGCUAUGGCUCAGCGGGAAGAGGGGUGGCCAUUGGGACUGGAACCUCUGAAUGUGAGAGUUGGGGUGCUCAGAAAUGGCGAUAUUAAUGGCUCUUUAUCAUUCAACACUUUGCUUACUGGUUCACCAACCUCCUCCGCUUUUUCUUCUUCUGAUCUUGAUACUGAGUCCACUGGUUCUUUCUUCCAUGAUAGGAGUAUCACUCUCGGGAGCCUCAUCGGUCUUUCCAGCAUUCUCGAGCUCUCACGUAGAUCAACGAGGGGACAACUCCCAGAACCCACAAGGAAUAAAAAAAGUUACAAGUCCAAAAUUUGUUGUUUCUCUCUAUGCUCGAAUACCACUGAUGCUGUGAGCACGAACAAGAACAACGCCCCGUCUCUCGGUCACUUUCUUGAAGCGGAAAGGAGAGCUGCCAGCAAUGACAGAAGAAAUCAGAGCCCGGGACCUUAUGGGCCCGACGACUUCACUCAUGUUAAUCUGUCUGGUUUGGAAACAAAUUCAUUAUUCAUUGGAGACCAUGUCGCUCCUCCUCAGUCAAGUUCUUGGCUCGAUUCGGAUUCUGCAAGAAACUUCAAUGCAGAUUUAUUUCAGCAUGGGAAUCGCGAUAGAUCUCGACUACACUUUUCUUGUUUAUGUGGACAUCUUACUAAUUGAAUCACUAUUCAUUAUUGUUUGUUUUACAGAAGUUGUACUCUUUUCUGGUUAUGACAUUGGGA